CAUCCCUGAAGGUGUGACACACGCACACACACACCCCCUCCCCAGCAGCAUGUCCGGCCCGGUUUGCUUUCCAGAAACGCUCUCAGAAAGCCAACCUUGCAUGCAGAAAUACCUGACUGAGGGCCCUCCCGCAGCCUUGUCUGCUGGGUCUUAAAUCAGGUAGACAGCCUGUGUCUGAAUGCAUUGGCCUGGCUCCCGUGUGAGCUUGUUGGGAUACACACCUCUUCCAGGCUUUGCUGUGUCACUCCCUUUCCUUUCUUAUGAAGUUAGUGGGAGUCCAAAGCACGUGGAGAAUCACAGCAUUAAAUAAAAACCUCUGCUGUAUUUUAACUUGUGUCUGAGCAGGCUGAAUCUUGCGUUUCUAACGGCGGCGCAAACGGAAGCAGGGUGUGUUUUCCUGGCACUGCCAGUCCCCGCUAUUCCUGAAUCCUGUUCCUUUCUAGGAUGGUUUUGACAAGCUGUGCGGGCCUGCUCCAAUUUUGACUCCCACGUGGAGGGACAGAGCUUGGGAAUUGGCCAGGGAUGACUCAUUAAUAUCCUUUCAGAUUCUUCAAUCUGAAACAUGGCAGGUUUUAAACUAUAACAUGACGUUUUGUCUUAUCCCAACAUCUUAAAGCCACUUAAUUUUUAAAAGGAGAUCUGAAUUACGCCCUCACUGGUGGUAGUUCUUCCAACCACUCAAAGAAGCUAAAAAUAAUUGAUGAGCAAUAAAUUUGUGCUUGCUUCUUUAUAUAAUUUGAGGGGGCUGUGCCAGAGGAGCCCCUCUUCCAGCACUGAGCUGGACGCAUGUGGUUUUUACUUUGCUUAAAUUUUGCGUUCAGGUCUAGUAUGCAGGUGUGGUUUUACUUGUGCAUUAGCUGCUGAGCUGGGAGACAGUGAGAGAGCGUCCGCAGUGACUUCCCCAUCUCCUUUGGGGAUGAGUCGGUGGAGAAAACAUCUCAUUAAUUUUCCACGGUGGUUCUGCAGGUCGGGGUCUGACGUUGACUGAGCGGUGUAGUCGUGUUUCGCAGCGUUACGGCAAGGUUUUUGUAAAUACACUCUCUGUGUGAGCGUCAGCAUUGCUUUAAUAUAUGCAUUGUUUAGGUGCUUGGUUUUAGCGGGGAUAUAUCUUUGUAUUUUGGGUGUUUUUGCAGCUGGAUGUGUCUUCUUUAUAUUACAUAUGGAGUUGUCAUGAUUAGGUUUAUUCAGCGUUGGCAACUUGAGCAUCGUUUAAAGGCAAUAGUCCCUUGUUGAAAUCUCUGCCUCAAAGGCUUUAGGAUAAAUUAAGUGAUUUCUUCAGUGUGGAGGAGAAAGGAGAACGCCACAAAUCUAUGCAGGAAGCAUAGUGCCAAUAAUAAAGGUGAUGAGAGACCACACUGUGACAGAACAGGGCAGCCAAGCCAGAAACCUGCGGAGCUUGAUGUUUACUCUCUCUCCAACUCCUUAUAGUCUAAAUAGCUGGAAAGUUCCAAGUAUCUCGAGGAGGAAGAUGGGAGAGACAUUUAUUAUCUUAAACUGGAUGGCUUCUACCGUGAGCCUGGGUAAAGAAACAUUGUUGGAAGAUGGAAUACCACCUGCAAAAAAGCCCAGGCAGAAGAUACCUCCCUUGUCCUCCAUCUGCAUGUUCCACAGCCUGAGACAUCCUUCCAUCUAUGACGGUACCAGCUGUGCUACUUUCUGCUCUUGCAGGAAGCUGUUGCCAAGCCUCAAAACCAAGAAGCCUCAGGAACUUGUUCUGGUGAUUGGGACAGGAAUCAGCGCAGCAGUUGCUCCCCAGGUCCCAGCGCUGAAGUCAUGGAAAGGGUUAAUCCAGGCCCUCCUGGAUGCUGCUAUUGACUUUGAUCUCCUGGAAGAUGAAGAGAGCAAACGGUUUCAAAAGUGUCUCCAUGAAGACAAGAACUUGGUUCACCUUGCCCAUGACCUUAUCCAGAAGCUGUCUCCGCGCACAAGCAACGUUCGCUCAACGUUUUUCAAAGACUGUUUAUACGAGGUGUUUGAUGACUUGGAAUCUAAAAUGGAAGAUUCUGGGAAGCAGCUGCUUCAGUCUGUGCUUCACUUAAUGGAAAAUGGGGCGCUUGUGUUAACCACAAACUUUGAUAACCUGCUGGAACUGUAUGCAGCACACCAGGGGAAGCAUCUGGAGUCUCUUGACCUGACUGAUGAAAAGAAGGUGCUGGAGUGGGCACAAGAGAAGAGGAAGCUUAGUGUCCUGCAUAUCCACGGCGUUUACACCAACCCCAGCGGCAUAGUGCUCCACCCGGCCGGGUACCAGAAUGUGCUGCGCAACACGGAGGUCAUGCGAGAGAUUCAGAAGCUGUAUGAAAAUAAGUCAUUCCUGUUCUUGGGCUGUGGUUGGACUGUUGAUGACACCACGUUUCAGGCCCUGUUUUUAGAGGCUGUGAAGCACAAGUCAGACCUGGAGCACUUCAUGCUCGUACGGAGGGGAGACGUGGACGAGUUCAAGAAGCUCCGUGAGAACAUGCUGGACAAAGGGAUUAAAGUGAUUUCCUACGGAGAUGAAUACACAGACUUGCCCGAGUACUUUGAGAGGCUGACAAGCGAGAUUGCCACGCGGGGCCGAGCAGGUGUGCCUAAGGAGGGACAACACUUCAAUGGCUCCGCUGCUGCCCGCCCCGAGAUAAAAGGAUGCAGCACUUGAGCAUCAGCCUGAGCCCAGAACCUGUGCCACAGCGUGGGACUCCCUAGGACAGGCCUAGGCCUGAGCUGGCAGCUCUCAGGGAGGCCUGCGUGGUUUAAGGCCAGCCUAAGGGAGGAGGGAAGCCCACUGGUGUCGAGCUGCUGCCCACAUGCAUGGAGCCGAGACGCUUUGGGCAGGAAACAGGCCGGGGCAGAGCCUGAUGCCUGGGUUAACAUAGUAAUUGUCUUUCUAUCAAGGUUGCGCACGCCUGGGGAGUGUGGGCUCCCCGAGGGAGCUGCAGCCUCCUCUAAUUUCAUACUUAGUGCUUUUGUAUUCUGUACUUCCAAUUAAAAACAUGAAACUUGAGCUUUUUUUUUUACUUGAAGCUCUAGUUUUUUAGUCCUGUCUUUAUACUGUACAGUAUUUUGUAUGUUGAAGCUCAUAUUAAAGGCCUGUUCACUCAACUUUUGGCUGGUGUGUGACUUACAUGCCCUCUCAAAAGGACUUUGUCUCCCCAGCUUGAGAAGGAAAUAUGUCCUGGCUGAAGGCAAGUUAUUUAUACACGGAGAACAAAUUAUGAAGUUUAUUUUAUAUAAAUUAUGUCUCUUAGCAGACAGCAUUCAAUUUAUUGCACUAUAGCACAUCUGCGAUACAGAGCUACAAGACAUCAUAAGAGAGUUUUGUAUUAUUCAGUGUAGCACUUCAGACCGGGAUCAAGAGGCACUCAAAGGGGGGAAGAAAGGGUGCAGGAAAGCAGCAAGCAGCCACCAUUAUCUUCCAGUAUUUUUUUUUCCUUUUUACUAACAAAUAAUGCUGCGGCCAGCGGGCAGGAGAGGUAGGGGGACGCUGCCUUCCUUCUCCGGCCACGAUGAGCGCUACCUGGCUGACGCAGGUCUCCCACCUCCUGCCCCAAAACAGGGGUCCAGGUACCCUGCUCCAGAGUCCUUGGUGACAACAGAAACAGGGACCUUUAAGGCAAUUUAGCAUCUUCCCUCCAGCCCAGUGCAGGCCGUCACCAUUUUUGGUUUAUCAGCUUGGGUAGAGCUGCCAAUAGCAGCGAUGUUAACAGCCAGAUUUUCUACUGCAGCACCGAUACUGCUCACGCCUGGCAAGUCACCCCUGCAUCCUCCCUAAGCUGGUCUAAAAAUCAAAAGCAGCUCAAAA